CCCGGAGCUGCGGCGGCGACGGCCCCGCGCGGGGAGCGCGCACCAUGGUGCUGUCGGUGCCCGUGAUCGCGCUGGGCGCCACCCUGGGCACGGCCACCAGCAUCCUCGCGCUGUGCGGGGUCACCUGCCUGUGCCGGCACAUGCACCCCAAGAAGGGGCUGCUGCAGCGGGACCGGGACCCCGAUCCCGAGAAGGCGAGGCCCGGCGUGCUCCGGGCCGCCCAACAGUUCAAUGUUAAAAAGUCCACGGAGCCCGUCCAGCCCCGAGCCCUCCUCAAGUUCCCAGACAUCUACGGACCCAGGCCGGCUGUGACAGCCCCGGAGGUCAUCAACUAUGCGGACUACACUCUGAAGACCACGGAGGAGCCUGCUGCACCUGCCAGCCCCCAGGCCCCGAAUGACAGCCGCCUCAAGAGGCAGGUCACAGAGGAGCUGUUCAUCCUUCCUCAGAAUGGUGUGGUGGAGGAUGUGUGUGUCAUGGAGGCCUGGAACCCGGAAAAGGCUGCCAGUUGGAACCAAGCCCCCAAACUCCACUACCGCUUGGAUUAUGACCAGCAGAAAGCAGAACUGUUUGUGACUCGUCUGGAAGCUGUGACCAGCGGCCACGACGGAGGCUGUGACUGCUACAUCCAAGGCAGCGUGACCAACAGGACCCGGACCGUGGAGGCCCAGACGGCUCUGAGGAAGCGGCAGCUGCACACCACCUGGGAGGAAGGCCUGGUGCUCCCCCUGGCGGAGGAGGAGCUGCCCACAGCCACCCUGCUGCUGACCCUGCGGACCUGCGACCGCUUCUCGCGCCACAGCGUGGUCGGGGAGCUCCGCCUGGGCCUGGACGGGGUGUCUGUGCCUCUGGGGGCCGCCCAGUGGGGCGAGCUGAAGACUUCAGUUAAGGAGCCAUCUGCAGGAACUGGAGAGGUCCUUGUGUCCAUCAGCUACCUCCCGGCUGCCAACCGCCUCCUGGUCGUGCUCAUUAAGGCCAAGAACCUCCACUCGAACCAGUCCAAGGCGCUCCUGGGAAAGGAUGUCUCUGUCAAGGUGACCUUAAAGCAUCAGGCGCAGAAGCUGAAGAAGAAGCAGACAAAACGGGCCAAGCACAAGAUCAACCCCGUGUGGAACGAGAUGAUCAUGUUCGAGCUGCCCGAUGAGCUGCUGCAGGCCUCUAGCGUGGAGCUGGAGGUGCUGGGCCAGGAUGAGGAGGGGCAGAGCUGUGCGCUUGGCCACUGCAGCCUGGGCCUGCAUGCCUCGGGCUCCGAGCGCAGCCACUGGGAGGAGAUGCUCAAGAACCCUCGCCGGCAGAUCGCCAUGUGGCACCAGCUGCAUCUGUAGCCAGCCACCUGUGCUCCUCCCUUCUCGGGCACAACCCGGCCCGUCCAGCCCUGCUCUUCUCUGCGACGUCCUCUUUGUACCCCAUCCUCAUUCUGACACCCAGGAGACAGAUGUGUUUGCAAAGGCCAGGACCCCGUCCCUCUCUUAGUACAUUCUUGUUUCAAAAACAUGAGCAGGGCAGUGUGUGGAAACAGGACAUUUGGGUUGCACUGCAGAGUGCAUUUUGCUCAUCUGUGCUGUGGAAGAGACACUUGUCAAAUAUAGCCCAUGGGCAGAUUUCGCAGGUGGGGUCAGGCCAGAUGCAGGGAAAGUUUAAUGUGGGGAAUAGUGUCUACAAAGAAUGGGGGUCUUUAAAAAUAAGCAUUUCAAAACUGAUGGAGGAAAUAAAGUAUCCUGGAUCAACUCCUAGAAUUAGGGAGUGUCAGGGUGGGAUGACGUCUUAGCCAGCAUGAAAUUGUGCCCCUGACCCAUGACAGUAACCCAGUAACUAAGGUUCUCGAACCUUAGUGUGUGAAGAUCACCAGCAGAUCCCCCGGGGGCCCACCUGUUGACAUUCCAAAUCAAUAUUCCUGGCCUCAACCCAGGCACCUGCAUUUUUAACAAGCACCAUGUGGUUUUGAUGCAGAGGUUGGAGCAGUGCACUCGGAGAAAUCCCUUCUGCGACAUUCCAGACAGGUUUUCCCAGAGUCCCAGUCGGGACUCCAACACCCUGGGGCAGCCAGCUCCGAUGCUGGACAUCUCAACUGUCAGUGUGAAAUUUGGGAGGCCUCUCUGGGUUUGUUUGUUUUUAUUUAAUUAUUUUAUUUCUUAAUGUUUUCAUUUGUGCUCUUCAGAUCCUGUUCUUGGAUUGAACCUUGUGCUUUUUAUUGAAGAACUCUGUUGUUUUAUCUCAAAAUCAGUUUAUGUUAUACUCGGGGAGAUCUUCCUUAACAAGGUAUAGGUGGGAUCCCCUGGUCGUCACCAGGCGCUAGUUGUCACACCCACCAGCAUCACCAAAGUGACCCUCUGAGACAGAUCCAUCUUUCUCAGCAUUGCAGCCAUUUCGGGAGGAAUUCAGUGUGAGGCACAUAUUGAUUUAGUCUAUUGUAUCUGGCUACGUGGAAGUGAGAGAAGAAGGGAACUUGAAAUAGGAAAAGAGAGUCUUUUGCAAAUGUGCCUCCCUUCCUCAAUUUUCAGGGCCGCCACUUUCAUCAGUAAGUAACCAGCAGCUAGGUUUCAAAUUCCUACCUUCUUAUUCCAAACAGCUGUCCACAUGGUCAAUUAAAUGCUGAAUCUUGCUGAGUGGGUAUAAUAUUUGCCCAUGAACCAGGAUCCCUGGGUUCUGUUCUUGGCCACCUGUAAAAUAGGCCCAAUGACAUGGCAACUCUAGCUCUGUGAAUGAUGAACUAGUGUUCAGAAACUCUAGGCGCUCCCUGGCUAAAAACAAACUGUGGCCACCCGCAGAUCAUCUUUAAGCUUCAAGAUGGCAGCUGACAAUGACUGGAAGGUGCCAGAACCAUCCCAGGCACUUCCAGAACCGUGGAUUCUGCAUUUGGGCUCGUCGCUACUGAUAUCCAAACUGGGCUUUCAAUUGUCACCCAGUCCUGUGAUCUACAAGGGAACCCCCAGGUGAGGUGGGUAAGGGCCAUGCUACAUGCCUGCAACAAGUCAGGCCAUUCUUGGCCUCUCCCUGAGAAUCGGAGCAGGGGCCUCAUCACCGUUGGUCAUGACUUUCCCUUUCUGUGCUGUAGAAAAGCAUCCGAACAAAAAAAAUACCGAAUCCCUGCUUAAUUGGAAAGUCUCUCAGAUAAUUGGAAAUCUUGCUCAUUAGGGUUGGCCACCUCCUGCCAAGUUUUUUUUAGGCAAAGCAUUUGUUAGUAAUUUCCUAUAACAUGUUAUUGAGGCUCCCCUCGCACUCUGGUCCCCCGGUUUUGGUUGGCAUGGCCACAAGAAAACAAAACAUUUCCUAUGUGGGCUGACCAGUACUCUCUUCUUGGCAACAUCUGCUACUCCUAUGUAGAAAAGUCUGGAUUCUAGACUGAAAAUCAGGAAACAUGGGUUCUGCUUCCUUCGAAAUCUAUGCACCUGCCCCACAGUUGUACUGAAGGAUGUCUGAGGUGGGUUGGGGAGCCUCUGAUGCCAGAAAUAUCAACUCUGCCCAUGGCCAUCCCAUCACCAGGCAUCCAUUCCUUUGUACCCCAAGGAUUUCGUUUUCCAGAUUCCAAACUAAAGAUUGCCCCCGAUAGGAGUCAAAUGCCACCACAGAACAUCUCACUUAGCAGCCAUGCGCAGGAACAAGAUAGGUCUUGCAGGUGGUUUUGCCCAUUGUGUUCACCGCUGUGUUCCAGAAACCUAGAAUAAAGCUAGCUUGUGGGCCCUCAUUAAAUAUCUGUUGAAUGAAUUAAUGAAUGAAGAUUGGAUAGGGAAGUAGACAGGAAAAGAUACCUUAUGGAAGUGGCAUAAAAAUCAGUCUGCCCUGAGUCCUCAAUGAUAAAAGCAUCCGCCAUCUCAGCAGUCGGCCUGAACAUUCACGUGUGAGUACUCCCCUCCCCCUGAUGAGAGUUCGUAGCUUCCGUAUAAAUGUAACUAAUGAUUACUAAGAGAAUAUAUUUGCUGUGAUUUUCCACCAAAACUCCAUCUUGGUGAAUUGUAAGUUGCCCAGACUGCCAAAUCGACAGACUUCAGUAAUCUUUGCAUCCACGUACGUGGUACCAGACACAUUUACAAUUUACUACCAACCACGAGUAAUUGAGCUUGUGUGAAAUCAACUGAUCAUUUUUGAAAGGAACAGCUUGUACUUGGUCAGGGAGUGUUUUCUAGAAAGGGCAUGGAACAAGGUGAAAAUAAAGUGAGAACCCAUCAUAGACAGGGCUGUGGCCCCCAGGAUGACCUGGUUCUUUCCUAGAUGCGGUGAUGGGGAUCCAGGACUGGGAGUUAAUCCGUUAAUCCGUGACUCCACUUCUCACAUCAAAUCAGUGUGUAUUGGCCGAGUGCCCAUCGGUCAAGACCUGGCACGGGUCUAUCCAUUUCAAUUUGAGAGAUGACCUUGGUGUGGGUUGAGUGACCCAUCACUCCAAAUGACACUGUGUAGAGAGGGUAAGUUGGAAGAGAGGCUCUCCAGGGGCAGUUCUUUUGGGAUGGAAAGGUAGCCAUGGCCUAAGCCAAAUCAAGGCGAGGACCCCCAAAAGAGAGACCUAGUCCUUGUGAUUUGUUUCUGCUGCCUGUGUUUCCUGUUGUCAGUGCUAAGUGUGUGUUUGUUUUGCAAUCAUGAACCGAAGCACAAAAAGACGCAUGAGACAUUGUAGUCCUAUGUCUGGUGUCAUACUUGGGAGCGAAAAACCUUUCAGUGGUAAAUAAAUAAUUUCGAACUA